CCUCAGUGCCUAUUGGACUAUCCCUGCCCAUUUGGAACAUACUACUUACAUGGAUUACCACACCAUGCGCCUGUCAUUCUCCUUGUACUUACUGAACCCAGGACCCUGCAUUCACUCUAUCUGAUCUCCCACAGACCCUGCAUUCACUAUAUCCGGCCUCCCACAGUACACAGAACAUGGAAGUGCAACUAUUUUAGUAAAUAUAAAAUGCUAAAUACCUUUUCUGAUCAGCAGUUAGAGCAGUCUUGUGACUUCUAUCAGUGUCCAGCACUAUCUAAAGCUUGUAGGAGGAGUUUUCUUUCUGCCCUA